AUGAAUAAAUUCAAUUUUGGAGAAUAUAAAGAAAAUAAUAUAUUAAAUACAAAAAAUGAAUUAAGUAAUGGAAAUGUUUUAAAAGAUGAGGAGAAUUUAAAUAUUGAAAAUCAAUUAUAUAAUGAAUUUGAAUUAGAAAUUGAUGAUGAAAUUAUUUCUAAUUUAACUUCUCGUGUGUAUAACAAAAAUAUUAGGCAUAAAAUAAUAAAAGUAAAUAAUUUAAUGGAUGAAAACUUAUAUAAAUAUAUAGUAAAUAACGAAGAAAGUGAAGAAAAAGAGAGUAGCCAUAUUUCAAAUAACUCUAUUCAUAAUGAUGAUAAAAAAAAAAAUAUAUCUAUAAACUCAUCAAAUGAAUUAUAUAAAAAUGAGAUAGAAGAAAAUAAGAAUACAUGUAUUUACGAAGAAUAUAAUAAUUUAAAUAAAAUGAAAAUAAUGAAAUGCUUAAAUGAAAACAUAAAUGUGCAUAAUAAUAGAAAAAAAAAUGUAUUAUACUUAUGUUAUGACGAAAAAAAUGAUGAAUGUGACAUUUGUGAUAGAUAUAUAAAAAAUUAUAUGUCAAAUAUGCAAGCUUCAAAUUCUCUUAACAUAAAAAACUUGAACGAUUUAGAUGAUUAUUUUUUUAUUCUUGGUUCUACAUCUAACUCAAGGAAAUAUAUUUUAAAAAAAAGCAAUUUAAAUUUUUUAUCCAUUCAUAUAAAAAUUGAUGAAAAAAAAAUUGGAUGCAGAAAAAGUCAUGAUCCUUUUACAUUAACAUCAAAUAUUUCUAUAGCAAAAGGAUUGAAAUUAUUGAAUAUAAUUAAAAAUAACACAAAAUUAAGAAAUAGAAUUUUGGAGUUGAGCAAAAACAAGAGACUACUAUUAUUAGUAGGUGAUGAAGUAAUCUACUGUAAUAAUAAAAUAUAUGAAAAACCAAAGGAUGAAAAAGAGGCAUAUGAUUUUCUUAAAUCAUAUAACAAUAACAAAUGCUUUAGCUAUAGUUGUAUUACAUUAAUUGAUUUUAAAACUGAAAGAAUUAUAACUGGAAUUGAUGAAUCCGUUAUAAAAAUAUGUGAUAUGAAUGAUAACAUUAUAAAUAAAAUAUUGGAAGAUUUAUCUAUAUAUUUUUGUGCUGGUGCAUUAAAAAUAGAAAAUACUUUUAUGCAUAAAUAUAUAAAUGAAAUAAAAGGAAAUAUUGAUAGUAUUUUUGGCUUAUCAAUAAAUCUUUUAUUUCACUUGGUUAAUUUCUUAUAG